UUUGUUAUUUUUCUUUGUGGAUGAUUUCAUAAAGCAUUAAAAACCACUAAUUAAGUGGCUGAAAAUGCAUUAUUUUAAUUGAUUAUUAAAAUACUUAUGAAACAUGUAUUUCAUGUGCAAUAAUUUUAUUAAGUUUCAAGUCAGUUUUUGUAUUACAUAGAAUAUAAAAAUAUAUCCAAUAUAGUGAUAAAAUAAUAAAAAAAAAAAAAUUGUUCUACUUAAGCAUAACACCUGGCCAGCAAAAGAAAUAAAUAAAGUAAAACUUUUAAUAUAAGAACGUAAUAGAAAUUCGUAAUUUAAUAUGUUAAAAAUUCUUAUCAGCGUAGUAAAUGAAAUUAAAUUCCCCGGCGAGUAGAAAAUACAAAAAAAAAUGCAAAUAUUCAGUGAAUAAAGAAAAAAAAAACCAAUUUAGUGAACGUUUUUUAAUUGCUUCAUUGCCAGUUGUGUAUGUAUUAUAAUUAUAAUUAUAAAAAUAAGUAUGUAAAUAGUGUAACGUUGUCAAAAAAUAAAACCAACAUUUAUGCUUUAUAAAAUCGUUUAAUACUACCCACAUUUUAAAUAAAAGUAUUAGCGAGUAAACUGGCACAGGAAAAAAAAUUUUAAUGAGUCAUUGACAAUUAAAAUUUCUUAUUUAAAAAAAAGUCCUUAGUAAAUUAAGAAUAUAUAGAACUGAAAGAAAAAUGUUUGCCUCUUUAAAAAAUAAAAUUAAAGAAGAAACCGGUAACGAUAUACAAUCUAUACCACCAACGACACGUUCAUCAAUAAUACAAAAUCGUCGGGCCGGUAGACUCUCAUCUACAACGAGUAUUGCAUCAACUGUUGAAGAAAAUUUCGAACAGAAAGAUACCGAAUUGAAUUCAUUACGUAGCCAAUACAAUGAGCUUUCUGCUAAAUAUUAUGAAUUGAAUAAGCGUUUUGAAAUUGUGCAAGAGGAGAAAAAUAAUAUCGAAAGAGCUAAUCAAAUUCUUCUUGAAUCAGUUAAAGUUGCACAAAAUCAAAAAGAUUUAGUUUCUGAGGAACAAGAAAAAAUACAAAAUUGUCAAUAUGCUGAAAUUGAAAAACUUAAAGGAUUAUUAUCAUUUCGUGAACAGCAAGCUGUUGAUCAUUUAGCAACUGUUAAACAAAAUCAACAGCAAAUUGAAAAUUUAACUGCUGAAUUAGAACGUUUAAAAAUUUUAGAACCAAUGCUUGAAGAUCUAAAGGAUGAAUUAGAACGUUUAAGACAUGCAUCACAAUUAGAUAAAAAUAAUUUAACGACAACAUUAGCUGCUGUUGAUGAAGAAAAUCGUCAUUUAAAAAUGCGUUUACAAAUUAUUGAUCAAUCUCGUCUUGAAUCAAUAUCAACAAUGAGUACUGAUGAAAAAUUUCAAGCUCUAAUACAUGAACGUAAAUUAUUGGAGCAACGUCUCGAAGAAGCUCAUUUACAAUUAUCUGAUAUAAAAAGUUCAUGGAGUGGACAAAAUUUAGCAUUAGAAACUCAAGUUAGUCGAUUAUCAAGGCAAGUUGCUGAAGAAACAACUGAAAAACGAAAAGCUUUGAAAAUGCGUGAUGAUUAUUCAGAAAAAAUUAAAUCAUUAGAAUUUGAUUUAAUUAAUUCAAGGGAACAAAUAGAACAUAGAGAUAAUAAGAUAAAACUACUUGAAGAGGAAAUUGAUGAAUUGAAUUUAGCUUUGAGAGAAUGUCGUGAAGAAAGUGAGGAAGAAAUUCUAUGUGUUAAAAAUAAACUUGAACAAGCGGCAGAAGAAAUUCAAGAUUUAAAAAUACGUUUAUCAGCAGCUGAUGAAAGAUUAAAUGAUUAUGUUGAUAAUUCUGAACAAGUUACACUCGCGCUCCGAAAACAAAUAACAUUAUUGCAAGAACAAAUAACAAAUUUAACAUUAAAUUUGGAUACAGAAAGACAAGAAAAAAAUGCAGCAAUAUUAAGAAUUGCUGAAUUAUCACAAAGUGAAGAAAUUUUACGUAAAGAUUUACGAAUUGAACGUGAUGAAUGUAAUGAAUUACAUGAAAAAGUUGAAGAUUUACAACAAAAUUUAAAUCAUACAACAAAUGAAUUAAAUGAUAUUAAACAAAAAUCGAUUGAGUUAAAUACUGUGAUUAAUAACCAAAGUGAUCGUAUAGCACAAGUUGAUAGUUUAACAAAUGAAUUAAAUGAGAAAAAUAAGUCAAUAAAAAUAUUAAAUCAACGUUUAACCGAUUUAAAGAAAACUAUUCAAAGUGAAUUACAAUGUAAAACGAAUUCUUCAUAUUAUUCUGAAAAUAAUACUUUAUCAUCAACAAAUACAACAAUUAAUUUAAUAAAUAGUGAAAAGAAUUGUAAUAAUAUUGAAUUUUCUAAAACCAGUAAUGGUUUAAGUAAUUCAACAACAAAUUCUAAUAUUACAUGCAAUUUUAAUAAUAAUAGCAGACCUCAAUCAGUUGGUAGUAAUUCUAGUGGUGGUGUUACAGGUGGACCAAUUAUAAUGGAUGAAGUUAAUUUUAAAUAUUUAAAACAUGUGAUUGUAAAAUUUUUAACUAGUCGUGAGGUUGAAGCACGUCAUUUAAUUAGAGCUGUUGCAACAUUAUUACAUUUGACUACAGAUGAAGAAAAACUCUUACAUGACACAUUAAAUUGGAAAAUGAGUUGGUUUGGUACUAAACCAGAUCAUCGUAGUGGUCUACGUGCCUUUUCUAUUCCACCAAGUUAAUAUUAAUGAAUUUAAAACAAAGAAAAAAAAAAAAAAACGAAAUACAAUAAUUUUAACGAUUCCAAAAAAAUAAAAAAAUUUUAAAAUUUGAAAAUAUUUUUUUUUUUUGUUUUUAAUUUUGAUAAUAAAAUAAUAUUUUCGUUAAAAUAUCCUUAAUUAUACCAAAAAAUUAAUGAAAAACAUUCCCGCUUCAAAAUGCUAUGUAUUUUAAAAUA